GAGGUACUUUACAUCACCUCCACUGAUGUCAAGUUGAUGCCGUUCGGUGCGAUUUCAACUUCACCACAUCUUUCACCCCAUCAAUAUCAUUAGCCCUCACGCGCGCCCUCAAAUGUGGCUCAUCGAUAUGUGGUCGCGCCAGCUCGAAGAUUUUACCGGCAGUCACAUACCUUCCUACGCGAUCCUCUAUCACACAUGGGGAGAUGAUGAAGUAUCCUCCCAGGACAUGGGGAAUCCAACGUACUCGACUUGGAGCGAUACCACUAGCAAGGCCGGCUUCGUCAAAAUUCUAAGCACUUGCGAACUAGCUAACCAGGAAUGGAUCCCGGACGCCUGGAUUGACACAUGCUGCACCGAUAAGUCGAGCAGUGCGGAGCUCACCGAGGCCAUCAACUCAAUGUUCAAACGGUACCGGCGCGCGGCUAUCUGUUAUGCCUGGUUAUCUGACCUUGAUAUCUACGCCGACUUCGACAGUGAUAUCGAUGGCAGCAGAAUCUUUGACAAGUGUCGCUGGUUUACGCGGGGUUGGACCCUCCAAGAACUCAUCGCGAGACCACCCGUGCCGAGGAUGCCACGUAAUGUCUCAUGGGCAUCUUCGGCAUCAAUAUGCCUCUCUUCUACGGUGAAGAAGACAAGGCAUUUCAAAGGCUUCACAAGGAGAUUCUGCGCGAGAGUGACGACGUGACGAUAAAAAGCUUUCUUGAUAGUGCUGCUAGGAUUCCCCGAGAUAGAGGCUUCUGCCUACGAUAGACUGAGCAAUGUAAGCUCUCCUUUGCACACCUCUGCACCCACCUAUCGGUGACAACACGAGUGCUUCUAGGCAGUGAAUGCUGAAGAAGCAAUGAGGGCGUCACUUACUGGUAGGGAGCAAGUGGAAGUCGCACGGGGGGCUUCGGCCCAUCCAUUCAAGUUAACCAUCCUACAUGCCACACCGUUACCUAAACUGAGCGGCCUAUCA